AAAAAAACAAUAAUAAAUUCUCUUUUAAUUAGGUACUAUACCUAGUACCCAUAAAGACAAGGACAUAAAACAUUAAAAAAAAAUAUGAAAACAAAACAACUCAAAAUAUAAAAAUAAAUAAAUAAAAAUCUAUUACAAAAGGGCAGUUCUUAUUAAAACUAAAAUUAGAAUAUUUAAAAAUAUGGAACUGCUAAAACUAAAAAGUUUCAAUAGGCUAAGUAUCUACCUAUCUACCCCUAUUUUAAAUUAACGAAAAAUAUGAAAUGUUUAGAUUUGAUGAAAUUAAAUUAGCAUUGACUACAUUUAUAAUCUUUGAACGGCGACAAUCACAUAGGGAUUAGGGAGUAUCAACAAAUUCGGUAGGUACACUUUUUGUGAAAGCAUUUUUCACAAAAGUCACAGCCGAUGUUUUUCUUAUCUUCAUCCUCUGUGUCACUUUAAAGAUCUUCUUGGCAUAAUGAAGAGGAUACUUUAGAUUUGGAUGAGGUGAGUUUUUGAGUAUUUUUUAUUUUUUUCUUUUUGAGAGUUUUCUGAACUUUUUUUUUGAAUUAUUUUCUUUUGUCAUUUUCCAUUUUUCUUUUCUUCGGGCUACCUAUACUUGUUUUUUUUUAUGGAUUUCGUCUUUCUUUUUAUUAUAGUAUUCUCUCCAUUUUUCAGAAGCAAUUGCACUAGGGGUUUUCUCUCCUUUAGGUAAAGUUUUUUUUUUUUUUUAAGACAAAAGUCAUAAUGACAUUAUGUUGGCAAUACAAUGUAAAAUUGGCAAUGCUUUCAAAUUUUGUAUGUAGAAAAGGCUUCUGUUGCCAACAUAGUUACAAAAUUUUUGACUUGGGGAAUUAUCUUUAAAAAAAAAACGGACUUUAAGUGAAGUUAAAAAAAAAAUUAUGUGGACGAAAACUAGAUGAGAAGAAAUUAUUUAAAUAAAAUCAUGUUGGUUCGGCGUCCAGAGUUUCUCAUUAGAAAAACAUGCUGGUCGAAAAUCAGAUCCAUAUUUAGAUGUUCGACCACUUGAAACUACAGUGGACGAGAAAUGGACUAUAAUAAGCUAGUUUCUCGACCACAUAUUUUUGCAAAAUCUAUAUCCAAUUUUCUUCGCAAUAUUUAAAUGAAAAGUGGUGGUCGUAAACUAAAAAAUAAAAAUUAUAUUCAAUAUUCAACUAACAAUUAAAAACAGAAAGUCAUCGCGACUUUUCUAAAUAUUAUUAUAUGAAUUGAAAAUGGACGACUUGAAACUCAGUUCUCGACCACCCCGGUCGUAAACUGAAUUCUGAUAUAUUUUGUAUAUUAGUUCCCGACCAACAAAAAUUUUAUGUAAAAAAUUGUUUCACACUAUAUUUUAUUCGUAAAUUCGAUAGAAAAAUUAACCUACUAUAACAUAAAAUCAAUUGGUGAAAGGUCUUACAUUCAAGAAGAACAAUACUUACUAUUUUCUACAUCAAACACACAUACACUUUUUAUAGAUAUAAUGCGUAAACAACAACCCCCUUGACAGCGACUAUUCAAAUGAAUUUUGAAGGCGAAACCGUUUAUCGCCUAUUAAAUCUCAAUGGUAUUUUAGAUUGGGAAAACUGUCUGGCAGCCAUUUCAGCAUUUAUUGGACAAGAACGAGUGCAUAUUUACUAUUUAUUCCUGAUUAAAGGUGAAUGUGGUCGAGAACUAGUAGUGGUCGGCAAACCAGCGCAGUCACCCUAAAUGACGUUUAAUUCUAACCUCACACUUUCCUUUUUUUGGAUUAUUUUUAUUUUAUUAUUGGUUUUCCCGAUAUUUUAUAAUCAGUGAAUGCUGAUAUCGAAGUGAUAGUGAUAGUAUAGUAACUUUUGAUAUUUUUUUUCGAAUUUUUUAAAAUAAGUUAUUGUUUACGCCGCAUGUAGACAAUGUGCAGACAAAUGCUCACGUAAACAAUUCGAAUUGUCUACGCGUAGACAAUCAAUUGUUUACGUUGACAUUGUCUACAGGCACAUCACUGGUUCACUCCACUCCAACUCCGCGCUGAAUAGCCGAACUCACCGAUUGUCUACAUAGUUUACAUAGUCUACAUGGAAAAAAGUGGAUGUAAACAAUACGUAGACAACGAGUAGACAAAUCGCGUAAAGUAGAUUUCAUAGUCUACGGCACAUCCCUGGUCAAAAUUAUGUUAGUUGAAAAAAAAUUAUAGUAACUGUGACAGUGACAGUUUUUUAUUGUGACGUGCUGUCCGCUGACGUGAGUGAGAGUGAGAUAGAAAAGAACGUCAAUGCCACUGAGGCUCGACAACCAAUCAACCACGCAACCGGAUUUAUGACGUCACUACGUCACGCAUCAAAUCUCUAAACAGCAAAAACAUGUGAAAAUAAAAGUAGAAGUAUUUUAAAGUUAAGAAAAAUACAAAGAGGUCGAAAUUAUGGUAAAUUUUGUAUUAUUGCAUUCGCGAUUUUACUAAAUACGUAUUUUUCUGCAAAAUUAUGGUACAAAUACAUAAUUAUGGUACGCCUGGCAACACUGAGCUGAGGAAGAGACUAGCAAAUUCCGUUUAUAGAAUUUAUUCUAUAAAAAUGUAUCCUUAUCCUUAUAUUUUAACAUGCUUUAAAAAAGGAUGAAGAUAUACUCAGUGCGGACUGAUUGACAAUGCCAUAUUGUAAACAAACCAAGAAAACUCUAGCCUCAUUAACAGCACAAUACACAGACUCUGAAGCGGAAGAAGAAGACGAAAAGCCAAAUAACGUGAAUGCUUCUCAAAAUAAUUCGAAAUCUCCUCCGGACACGAAUUCGGACAAUAAAAGUACAGCCUCUUCGAAACCAGAAAGUCCAGCAGGUAACAGUACUCCCAGUGUAACUGUAACUUCGAGGCUUGCAAAGUUGGUUUCUUAUCAUGAUGAUACAGUUGCUUCAGAUGAAGAAGCUGAAGCUGACGAUGAUAUUCCACAACAGCUUAUUUUUGUUGAUGAGAAUAAUGUUCCACAAAACAGUAUGAAUGAUAUCGAAUUAAACAUUGACGAUAGUUUAAUUCCUCCAGAACCGGCCGGAACAUGUUCGGCGGACAUACAAGACAAAAUCGCCAAGUUGCACGAAAAAAUGCAAAACCAAAACAUGGACAUGAACGCAGUGAUACAAAAACGCAAAGAUUUCCGCAACCCCAGCAUCUACGAAAAAUUAAUACAGUUUUGCGAUUUAAAUGAAUUGGGUACCAACUAUCCGGCCAGUAUUUAUGACCCCCUGAAAUGGGCAAAGGAGUCGUUUUACGAAGAACUAGCUAAAGUGCAAAAAAUUGAAAUGGAGAAGAGGGAAAAGGAGCGCAAGGGCAAAAUCGAGUUUGCAGCAGCAGGCGCUAAAAAGUUGGAAGAGGACAAUAAAAAUAAGAGGAAAAGCAAAUGGGACAUGCCAGGUGGUGGGGCUGUUAAGGUGAACCAGCCUGGAUUGGUGGCUCCACCUUCUCUAACAAAUACAGCUACAGGAACUAAAAGUACGGUUAUUUCGGCUUUUGGUUCUUUGCCUAAAAGACCAAGACCUUGAAAUUGAGUUUUGUAUUAAAAUUUGUGCAUUUUAGAUCAUCAUCAAUGAGAGUCCUUGAUUUUGAAGAAAGGAAUUUUCAUUUACAAUAAUUAUUGAUUAUAUUGAUUUGUAGAAUAUAGCUAAUUAAAUAUAAAUGUUUUUUUUUUAA